UAUGGCUCCCCAGAAGAAUUCCUUGCCCAGGUUGACUAUUUGCUGGGAAAACAAGCCUACUUUGGAAAGACUGCUUCUGAGGGUGGGUUCGACCCGGACGCAGUGGCAACAGCGAACGUAUUGGAGAGCUCGGUGUCGGAAGUUGGAGGACAACCAUACUACUACUUGUCUGUGUUGACAAGAACUGCAGAUGGAGAUGAGGGUGGGAAGCACCAGCUGAUCACAGCAACUGUGAAGGAUGGAAAGCUUUACAUCUGCAAGGCACAAGCGGGAGACAAGAGGUGGUUUAAAGGAGCAAGGAAGUUUGUGGAAGGUGCAACUAGUUCUUUCAGUGUUGCUUAAGAAUGUUGUUUAGUAAUGUGUGUACGAGCGAGAGAGAGGCGUUUGUUGUAUAUUUUGGAGAACACUACCUUAGCCAAUGAAAGGGAUUGCCAGUGUUUGUGUUGGUUAGUAA